AUGGCGGAAUGCAAUGGCUUGUCAAGCUACGCUAAGGGAUUAUCCGCGAAAGAUCGAGAAAACUACCUCCGCAAGUUAACUUUGACCACCGGCAACUGGCUAACAGAUCCCUGCAGUAUUAACACAGGGUGGGUGGACGACGUUAGUAACUGCGGUCAAUUCCUGGAAUACCGAAGCUCGAAGUCCAAAGAGCGUCAGUCUUUUAACUACGGGCCUAGAGGAAGACACCGGGCUAAAGAACAAAAACACGUCCAGAGAUGCACUGGGACAUCAAGCUACAAUUCAGCCAGGACAGGUAAUGUCAUUUUCAGACGUUCAUCAUAUUCUGAAAACUGUGACAUGCUGGUCAGAUUUACCGAUGAUGCAGGUGUUUAUGAGGAAGGGAUUGACACAGGUGGUCCAAGAUGAGAAUUUUUAACUCUGCUAAUGAAGCACCUGAAAGACCGGCCAAUUUUUGAUGGACCAGAGGGACAUCGGUUCUUGGUCUAUAAUGCAAAUGCUGUUAGGGAGGAUGAAUACUUCCUGGCAGGACAGAUGAUUGCAGUUUCAGUUGUACAUGGAGGUCCGGGACCCCAUUUCCUGUCAGAAGAUCUUGUACAGUAUCUUGCUGGCCAGCCUUCAUUCAAACCAACAGUUAAUUUAAUAACUGAUGAAGAAAUAGGGAAAGCUUUGCGAGAGAUUGAGAAUGCUGCUACAUUGGAUGCUCUACAAGAAUGUAUCAUGAGACACAGCACAAUGUUGCAGACAGCAGGCUGUCUUAGACAUGUGGCUGCUGUGGACGAAAAGACAGAAAUUGUGGCCACCUACCUCCAGUGGUAUAUUUUUGACCGCAACUCAUCUGUAAUUGACAGAUUCAAAGAUGGUCUUUCAGCUCUUAAGUUCCUGACUGCACUACAGCAACACCCUACUUUGCUGACCCCUGUCCUGUGCCACUGUGAAAAGCGACUGACUGCCUUUGAGCUUGAGAGACUCUUCAAACCUCAACUCAGCCCUUCAGGGAGUAAUAGGAGACUGAAAGAAAGCCAAACCUUGGCCUGCUGGGCAGACUAUCUCCUUGAUUGUGAAGGUUUGUAA